AUGUCACCUGAAAGCAAGCUCAUGUCACUUGAAAGCAAGCUCAUGUCACUUGAAAGCAAGCUCAUGUCACUUGAAAGCAAGCUCAUGUCACUUGAAAGCAAGCUCAUGUCAUCUCAAACCAGGCUCACGUCAUCUCAAACCAGGCUCAUGUCAUCUCAAACCAGGCUCAUGUCAUCUCAAACCAAUCCCUUGUCAUCUCAAACCAGGCUCAUGUCAUCUCAAACCAGGCUCAUGUCAUCUCAAACCAAUCCCUUGUCAUCUCAAACCAGCCCCAUGUCAUCUCAAACCAGCCCCAUGUCAUCUCAAACCAACCCCAUGUCAUCUCAAACCAGCCCCAUGUCAUCUCAAACCAGCCCCAUGUCAUCUCAAACCAGGCUCAUGUCAUCAGAAAUCAGGCUCAUGUCAUCAGAAAUCAGGCUCAUGUCAUCAGAAAUCAGGAUCACGUCAUCUCAAAUCAGGCUCAUGUCAUCAGAAACCAGGCUCACGUCAUCAGAAACCAGGCAUACAAAAUAUGACUAA